AUGUUAAAAAGGGCGCGCGAGUGGGAGGUGACGAGCCUCGACGUGGAUCCGAAGGCACGCCCGACCAUCGUGGCGGACGUCAUGACCUGGGACUACAAGGCCUUCGAACCGGGCCACUUCGAUUUCAUCUGGUGUUCACCACCGUGUGUAGAAUACAGCGUCGCGCUGCGCACUCGUCCGCGCAACUUGGAGGCCGCCGACGCGGUGGUGCUCCGGACGCUAGAGAUCCUCGCCUACCUCCGCCCGCGCUGGUGGGCCCUCGAGAACCCGCAGUCAGGGCUUCUCAAGACACGCGGCCCAGCGCGGGCCCAACAGCACGCACAAGGUCAGCCACAGUCGAGACCAGCUCUACAGCCUCCCGCCGGCGCUCUGCAACGAGAUAGCGGCCGCGGCCACGGCGGCCAUGCAGUGACUGCAGACGCCUACCGGGCCCCCAGGUCCCAGAAAUUUAUAAGUAUUCACAUUGUGAAUACUUUCCGGGAACUGCUGCAGAACGACUGGACGCGGCGCGCCCGCUCGUGUGCGAGCCGGAUUACCCAGCUCAAGGAGGCGGUGCGCUGCCUGGUAAGAAAAGAAUGUGCCCAGGGCUGUACCAGUGUUACCGGGCAUUAUGGAAAAGCAAUGGGCAAGAUCAAGGUCUUUCCAACUCCCCAUUUCGAAGUCAAGCAACCCAGAGACCCGAUCGUCCCCCGCGUGCCUUGCACAGGCAUGCUGCUGGGCCCCUCGAAAUCGGGCAAGACGGUGGCUCUCAUAAGCAUGCUGCUCGAGCAGUACCGCACGGCCAGCGGUGAGUCCGUGUGGGAAAGACUGUUUUGUUUCUCGCCUUCGAUUCACAUCGACGACGCGUGGAAGCCCGUGAUCAAGUUCAUCGAGGAGGAGAUGGGCGUGAACAUGGAGCGCGAGAAGGUGCUCUUCGACACGUGGGACGAAGGGGCCAUUAGGAACAUCAUCGAGCAGCAGCGCCGGAUCACGAAGAAGAGUAAGGAACUUGGACUCAAAAAGCUGUACGGCGUCUGCAUUUUAGUCGAUGAUUUCAGUGACCAACCCGAACUCCACAAGCGAAAUGGAGAGGGUGCACUCGACACGCUCCUCUGCCUCGGCCGCCACCUGCAGAUCAGCACGUUCAUCAGUUGCCAGAAGCUCCGCGUCGUGUCCAACUGCAUUCGUGUCAACCUGCAGUUUAUGUGCGUGUGGCGGCUCCGAAACGCCCUCGAGCUCCAGGCGGUCAUAGAGGAGCUGAGCGCGCUCCUCUCCAAGGACGAGCUGCUGGCCCUCUACCACGAGGCGACCCGGGAGCCCUACAGCUUCCUCUUCAUAUACUUCCUGAAGCCCAAAAGCGAGAUCACAGCCAAGCUUCUCGGGGGCGGGCCGAUCUGUGAAAGUGAAUGUUCCAACGUGCGCUGCUGCACGACCAGCAACGUCUACGACCCGAGCCGCUAUUGGCCACCGCCAGAGAGGCCCCGGCAGGUCUCGGACGAGUCGGCGGCCAGCGAGUUCUCGGCGCGCCGCGGGCUUUUCCGCCGGAGAAAGAAAAGAGGCAUGAGCACGAUCUACAUCGACUCGCGGAAGCGCGUUUCUGGCACCGACAGUGACUUCGAGAUCGACUUGGGCGAGACGCUGCACAUCGACUCGGGCGCGAAGCUGGCGGUGCACAAGAUCCGCGUGGCCGACGCCUUCCUCUCCACGGACCGUGGCAGUUACCUCUAUUGGCACGACGUGUCGGGCGGCACGCUGCACUACGCCCAGCUGCCGACGGGCGCCUACACCGGCGAGCGGUUAGCCGCGUGGAUCUCGAGCAACUACGCGGCGGCCACGUACGUCGCUUCGACGAACGAGAUUCAGGUCGCCUACGACGGGAACCGAGUGAUCCUCAACAACCAGGAGCUGCGCGUCACCUUCCCCAACGGCCCGGGCUACCCGCUGGGCGUGUCGUCCACCAGGCCCGAGAGCAUCAAUCACCUCCUGGGUCCCAGCUUCAUCUCGGGUGCCCAACAAAUUUUCGCCUUUGUGCAGAUGGCUCCCUUUGAGUCCCUGUACCUCAGAUGCCCCGCCCUGGCCGCGCGCGAGCACAUCCUCGGCCCCCUGGGUUCCGACAUCGUUGCCAAGAUAAUCGUGGAUCGCGGCGUGGGCCACGUCCUCCACAGCAGGACGGACGAGGGCCACUUCGUCAACCUCCACGGCCCCAUCACGCUGCGCUACCUGCGCUUCCGCCUCACCGACCUGGACGGCGAGGUGGUCAACACUCGCGGGACCUCGGUGAGCUUCGCGAUUUUUCUAGAUUGGGAAAGAAUGACGCCCUCGGAGGCCCGCCGGGCCCGGCAGCUCUCCCGCGCCGACCGCUUCCACGAGCUCCUGAUGGCAAACAGCAUGGCCUUCAACAAGUGGCUGGCGGAGCGGCGGCAGCGCCAGGAGGGCGAGUCCUACGCCGACGAGCUGGGGCGCAUGACGGACGUGGAGAUCCCCCUGGCCUUCGAGCAUGAGCUGGAGGAGCACGAGGAGGGCGAGGAGAUCCUGGGCUUGCUGAAGCGCCGCUGGACGACGCCGCGUCGCGUGGCCCUGCGGUACGACACGCGGACCCGGGAGGUCCAGAGCUACCUGUGCGAGGCGGUGCAGCGAGCCAGCGAGCUGAGUUACCUGGGUAAGCGGGGCCUGCGGGUCCUGGGCCACAUCGCCGAAGGAGAGCCGCUGCCCAUCACCUAUCCCAACCGCAACGCAUCCAUCCUGACCUCCUCACAUUUUUGGUUGACUGACUACCCCGAGAGCAGCGAGCCCGUGAGCGAUGCUGCAGCAGGCCGAAGCCGCGGCGGGAGCUGCGGCGGGGCUGGCGGGCUCCGCCUCCGCCAUCGCGGGGCACGGAGCAGACCUCACAACGCAGCGCGGAGGGGGCGCAACUGGAUCGACCGGAACCUGCGCAUCCCCCGCGUGCCCGAGGGCCUGGCGCCCCCGCCCGACGAGGUCGCUCCACCACAAGUGAUAGGCAGGCCUUCGGAGGUGGAGCCUCUCCUGGAGCGGGCGGGGCAGCGGGCGCAGGAGGUGGAGCGGGCGGCGGCCCGCGACAUCGAGCAGUUCAUGAGCCAGCAGAUGGCCGAGGCGGAGGCGACCGAGGGCUUCGCUUCAGCGGCGGAGGCGGCGGCGGGGGCCGCGGAAGCUGCAGCGGCGGGGGAGGCGGGAGGAGGCGCGCUCGCGGCCAUCGGCUCCGGGCUGGCCGCCGCCGGAGAGGCCGCGCUGCCCGUGGCCGCCACGGUGGGAGCGGCUGCGGGAGGCCUGGCCGUGGCGGGCGCGGGGGCAGCGCUGGUGGGCACCGCGUGGGCGCUGCACGGAGGCAUGGUGGCGGCCGAGCACCUGAUGGGCUGGGGCGGGCGAGGCGGAACCGACACGGACGCUUCCCGGACACAGUACUUCCGCAUGGACACCGAGGACGAAUCGGCCCACGCGCUUCCCGACGGGGCUCCCGCUCCCCUGGCGCAGUCCUCGGGCAGCGACUCCUCCCGGCCUCGGAUGCAGCGUCAAGCCUCAGGGAGGUCCCGCGCCGCGCCGCCCCCGUCCUUCGAGGCGCUUCGCAGCGCGAGCGAGCCGGAGGCCGCGUGA